CCCUAUCAGUCGGGCGAUGAUUAUGUACUCCGAUGGACUGUUUUGUUGUUAAUUCUGUGCUAACGCUUCCGCCAAAAUGUUGGUGAAUGGUGAUCCUCUACCACAAGAUUCGCGACCAGGUUGGCGUGGAGAGUGCUCAAAUUUUCAAUGGACGCCACCCGUGCAGAACAUUUGCGAUUAUAACGCUUGCAAUGUGAUUGGUGAUUAUUCGAAUCAGCGCUAUCUAGCUGACUACUACGUUCGUGAUCCCGGAAUCCAAUACUUUUGUCCAACCGUAAACAAUGUUCAGCGAAGUGUACCGAUAAAUGUAUGUUACCCACAAAAGCCUGCCCCACAAUUCAUACAAGCAUUGCCUUGCCACCAGAUACAAGAAUGGGAUUACGAUAGUAUGUGCUACAAUGUUGGCGGCGAACCCUGCCAGUUUAGCAGUGUUGUAGAUUUGGAGGAUUUCAUGAAUAAUGAAAAGAGGAAGGAGAAAUCUCGGGUUGCGGCUCGGUGUCGGCGCACCAAGGAGAUGCAGAUAUUUAACGAGCUGACUGCAGCCCUACCUGCCAAGAAGGAGGAGGUGGAACAGCUUGACAAGGCAUCCGUGAUGCGACUGGCCAUCUCCUACCUUCGUGUGCGUGAUGUUGUGUCUAUGCUACCGGCUGACACAGAUGCGCCGACGCUGCAAAGCCCCAAAGGUCUGGAGGAGGUGCAAUCUGAACUGUCCUAUAUGAAGGCCCUGGAUGGCUUCGUUCUCGUGCUCUCUCAGCAGGGAGAUAUUGUGUACUGUAGCGAGAAUAUUGCAGAACACCUGGGUGUGUCACAGAUGGAAAUAAUGGGUCAAAGUGUCUUCGAGUUCAGUCACCCCUGCGACCAUGACGAGAUACGCGAAGCGUUGCGUGCCUCCAAAGUGGGAAGACGGGACAUGCUUCUGCGACUCAAAUGUACGAUAACGGCAAAAGGGAGGAAUGUGCAUUUGAAAUCUGCUUCGUAUAAGGUAAUUCACCUAACUGGCCACAUGCUGACAGAAGAGAAACCCGAAAAUGAUGAGAUUGAUAAAAAAGAUGGCGUAAAGUUAAAUAACAAUGGCGCUUUGGUGGCGGUGGGACGGCCAAUACCCCACCCGUCGAAUAUUGAAAUACCACUUGAUAGUAAGACGUUUCUUACUAAGCAUAACCUGGAUAUGAAGUUUACAUAUACGGAUGAAGGAUUAAUGAAUACACUCGGUUUCGACGCUGGCGAUUUAAACGGUCGUUCCCUGUAUGAUUAUCAUCACGCAGCCGACAGUGCAUCAUUGGCUCAUCAGUUUAAAUCAUUGUUCUCGAAGGGACAAUGCGAAACCGGGCAAUACCGUUUCCUGGCGAAGUCUGGCGGCUACGCCUGGGUUCAAACCCAGGCCACUGUCAUCACGGACAAACAACAGAAGCCCAUCAGCGUUGUCUGCGUCAAUUACGUCAUCAGCGGUAUCGAGUCCAAAGAUGAAGUAUUCGCUGCACACCAAGUGCAGCAUGCGGACCUAAAACCAGUUGUGACUCCAACCGCAACUAGAACAGCUGCGCCGAGCUGUGUAUCUGAACCGGCUAACGGCGCCAUUGUGGCUGCAAUCCUCCCCGAGGAGGAGCGCCCAAUACCUGUCACGGAGCUCAUAUUCGCACCAAGAGAGAAAGAAAUGAACAAAGGCUAUCUCACGUUCUCCCAAAACGAGGGAUUUACAAGUGAGUGGAACUUGAAACGCGACAGCUUAGUGCUAAAAGACGAGCCCGAGGAUCUGACACAUUUGGCUCCCACGGCUGGUGACACUUGUAUUCCUUUGGAAAACAGUCCUUUUGAUAUGUUUGACGAGUUUAUAUUGAACGACAAUUAUUGUAGUCUACUCGGCGAUGAUCUAGCAAAUGGAUCGCCCGUAGAUUCUUUGAUAGCAGACUCUUUGCUGUCAUCUCCUGAACGUCAGGAAAAUGAAUCGACCGGUGAACAGUCCUCAUUAUUAACGGAAUUAUCGUUAGAUGCGUAUGACAGCGCAAGGUCGGACAAUGAUAUUGACGAUGGCAACUCUCCAUUCAUUCCGAUCAAUGAUGACUUACCUAUUCUGGAACCGGCAGUCAUGUGGGGUGCUUUACCAGACAAUGUCAGACAGGCAAGACCCCAGCCAUCAGAGCCACAGACGUCAGCGCCAGCUUUACAGCGUUUGCUGGCUGCUCCCCCUACUGGACCACCUCCACAAGAUCUCAUCACAAAUAUUUAUUCAGAUCCAGGUCUAAUACCAAAUAAGAGUAUAUCCUCAUGGGACACGGGUGUAAAGAGGGUUCUUAAACAAGAGGAGGAGCCCUGCGCGAAGCGUGUGAAGCGUAGCCCCUCUCCAGCGCCCGCGCCCACCUCACAAUCAUCAUCGAGUGUCCUCAUGAACCUCCUGGAUAUGGAACGGGCGAGGCAAGAGAAUAUUUCAACAAAUUAUCGUCUUGUCCUAAAUCCACAAUUACCCAUCCCGAACAGAAAUAUCCCGAUUCCCGUUAUAAACAUAAUACAAGCGAAUAAACAGUGCGAACAUGCCCCAAUUAUACGCGCUAGUAGUGCCCCAAUGUCUCCAUUGAGUCUUAAUGUAGGCCAGUACUCUUUGCCCUGCAGUCCGAAUUACAGUCCCGUUGGCAGUCCUAUGAAAGUUCAGUCCACGCCUCAGUCGUUAUCUCCUGCUAGUAGCUACACCUACAGUCCCGCUAGACUGGUAUCGCCGACUGGUGCACUACAAGGCUACGACCCAUACCUAUCAAAUAAAAUGCAAGUCAGCCCUGGAUUCCCCAUGCAAAACGAAAUGCUUCUUGAUCCAAACGUAUCCCUCGCAUCGAAUGACUUUUGGCCCGACACAGGCGUCAUUCAGAACACAAGCGAUCUUCUGAUAGCUUUUGAUGAUGUAAAAUUAGUAUAAGACCUUAGUGGCGAGUGAUUUCUAUUUGUUUUGUGUGGAAUGCAUUUUCACUUCACACAAACAUUCCAUUGUGGUGCUAGAUGAACACUAAUGCUAUGUCGAGAUGGCCAUUCGAACUGUCAGAUUUAUAUCAAGCAAUGUUGUGUCCAUGAAGUUAUGUAUGGCAUUUUAAAUAAAUGUUUUGAGACCUACAUACAUUGUUUUAGUGGUUAUCUCAUCGUGUCUCCCGUAAAUAGAAGUCACUCGAUUGAGGGAUGGUCGUUAUAUGCUUCCGAAAACCAAAAAGGGUUCCACCUACAAUAUCUUAGCACAAAGAUAAAUUCUAUACAUUAAAAAUAUAUAUAAAUUUCUUCAAGAAUGUGGAAGCUUUUUUGGUUGUAAAAUAAUUAAGGAUAAGUACAUAGUAGAAUACUACAUAAUAUAAGCAAGGUACACCGGCAAGACCGUAGAAUUAUGAAUCUGGUAAAAUAUAGAAAUGUACUAAAAAAAUUAUAAAACUUAAAAACCCGAUGGCACAUAUCAUUCCAAUCGUUGGAAUCGCUCGUGUUUUUUAUCUCCUUCAGUAAUUGUUUCCAGCUAAAGGGCUGAUAAUUUAUUGCCCGAUUUUAAAAACUAAAUCAGCGUAAUACCAAUUAUCUAAAGUACCUACUCUUUCGUCUCUUUCUAUCAAAUUCUAUUGUCGCUGUGAUAAAAAAAGACAGCUUAGUAAUAUAGUUAUAACGAUCCAAUUACAUUAUUUAGCUGCAUGAAAAUCAUAAUGUACUCGUAGUGUCUAUGGUCUUGGGGGUAACACUUGUGAUAAUUUAAACUAUAGUGGGCGAAUGGUGAAAUGCUGUAUAUUAAUUAUUGGUUAUAUAUUUUCGUUUAAUAAGGCUUAUCAAUAAGAAUAUAUCACCAAUUAUGUUGUUAUUAAGUAAGAUCAAAUAUACUCAGUUAAAAGUAAGAAGUGGCAUGGUCACAAACGGCGGUUAAAUUAUUUCUAGUAAAAGAUUUAUUUUUCUUAAUCGUUUAUGCCUCCUAUGCCAAUUUCUAUACAGCUUACGUAUUACGGAACGUAGUAUCUAUUUAAAAAAACGACGUCUAUUAUUCACCAGAACUGUAACUAAGAUUAUCUAUGAAUACUUAUUGUAAAUUGUCAGGUGACAGAUAUACUAAACUCAUGUAAACAUUUUUUUUAAUAAAAAGCGGAUAAUUUAAUCGGAAUACCAACACUGACAAUUGACAACUUGUGAGGGUGAGAACACCAAUACGUUUCGUUAAACCUAAGCUGACUUUCGGAGCCUUUAAACCUCAACGGUAACUAACAUAUUGACAAAUAACAUAUUUCAAUCGUUUUAUUUGGGGUUUCGUGUACAGAAGUACCAAUUGUUUCUCUCGAAUAUCUUUUCAUUUCACGUAAUUUUAGUAAUCAUUAAAUCAAUUAAUUCUCUAUUUGAGUUUAUAUCCACUUCCAUAAGUACAAUAUAAAAUAAUUUCCAAAUGCAAUUCAUCAUUUUAAAUAAAUCUCUGUAUUGAGUUUUUAUUUGUUAAGUAGAUUUACGUAGAUGUAGUUGUGUAUGUUUCAAUUAUUUUAUUAUAACCUUCUUUUGCUAUUUGAAAUCUAUAGUCUAUUUCAGAAUAAUUUAAUUAUAUGUUUUUUAAAUUCAUUUUCACAUACUGUGCCAUAGCAUUUAUGGUGAUAUCUACGCCCUAUUUAAUAGUUAAUGUAAUUUAGUAAAAAUAAAUCAAAUGUUGAAUGUGCAUAAAAUCAUUAUUUUAUA